AUGGGGCCCCCGGGCAAUAGGGGUUCAUGGGGCCCCUGUGUCCUUGCCCAAACUCAAAAAAGCCUACAUAUCUAAUGAUGGACAAAGGAUCUGAAUCCAGUGCCAUCCACCCUUUUAAAGUUUCACACAUGGCAGUCUCCGGUGACAUAGACUUACAUACAGGGGCGGACUGACAACUCAUGGGGCCCCCGGGCAAUAGGGGAUCAUGGGGCUCCUGUGUCCUUGCCCAAAAUAAAAAAAGCCUAUGAAAAAGGUACCAGGGGCAUCUCAUGGGGCCCCCUACUGACCCCAGGCCCUCGGGCAGUGCCCAAGUUUCCAAAUGGUCAGUCCGCCCCUGC